AUGAACGACAGAACCACAGCAAUAAGCAGCAGCACCAUAGUGAGCAAGAAGAAGAAGAAGAUGACCAUGAAGAAGGCCAACAACAAGAUGAUGAAGGGCUUCAUGUGUCAGAACACUGCUCCUGCUAAAACAGUCAUAUCCCCUGCUGCAUUGUUUGUCUGUGGCGCCAACGAUCUCCCUCUUACUUCCGCCAUUGUUCCAGCUGCCACCAGGCCGCGGCUGCUUCUCCAGAAGUACAACAUAGUCAGCUCCUCCACGGCCGCCAAUUUUAACUACUCCAGGUUGCAGCAGCAGAAGCAGGUUGAGGCAGGGGAUCCCCUGAAGCUGUUGAAGAAACCCAACAUUGUAGUCGAUGACGACGAAGAUGGUAGCAAAAUCAUCCGCCACUCCUUCCAGGUGGUUGUAAUGAGAGUUUCACUUCAUUGCCAAGGUUGUGCUGGACAAGUCAAGAGGCAUAUUUCCAAGAUGGAAGGAGUGACAUCAUUCAGCAUAGAUCUAGAGGAACAGAAGGUGACAGUGAUGGGCCAUGUUUCACCACUUGUGGUUGUGCAGAGCAUUUCCAAGGUGAAGAGAGCUGAGCUUUGGCCCACUUCUCCUUCUUCUUCUUCCUCUGAUGUCUAAUUAAUGGAACACCAGAAGAAGAAGAAGAAUUGAAGUCAGUAGAGAGAGAGAGAGAGAGAGAGAGAGAGAGAGAGGGUAGUAUAUGUAUGUCAGUUGGCCAUUUUCCAUGUCUGGAAAUGGGGAUUGGGAAUUACCAAUGUACUCUACUUGCAGAUAUCUCUAUCAGUUACUUACUGCUGUUACUUCCAUGCAUCUGCAUGAGCAUGAGGCUGUGUAGUGGCCUUAUUUAUUAGGUUACCUUCCCUUUGGGUGUGGGGCAAAUUCUUUGCCUCUUGCUCUUAUUAGUGUCAGUAUUAAAUGGUGUGGUCCUUAUGAGUUCAGGACUCAGGACCUUCCCUCUCUAUCUAAACUCUUAGUUUGCAAUGGUAAG